GGAGGGACUGUUGCGCUCAGGUGGAGCGGCGCAUCACACUCGCAGAGAGGGAGAGGGAGCGCAGCACGGAGAGAGAGAGAGAGAGAGAGAGAUAUUUAUAGCCUGAAGCGAGGCUGCAGCACGGAGAUAAGGCUUGGGACCAAGCCGCAGGCAGGGACGCAGACAUAGACGGCUUAGGGAAAAGAGGACACGACAAAAUGAAACUGUUUCUUUCUGUAGUUUUAUUCGGGGCUGCGGCGGUCGCCCUGGUCAGCUCAGCCGGUACUGAGGCGGAGAUCUCCUUCGAGUACCACCGAUAUGAAGAACUGCGGAAGGCGCUGGUGUCGGUGUGGCUGCAGUGCCCGACCAUCACCCGCAUCUACACCAUCGGGGAGAGCUUCGAGGGCCGCGAGCUGCUGGUGCUGGAGAUCACCGACGACCCCGGGAAGCACGAGCCCGGUCAGUUUUUACGCACGCAUGAAUGUGCUUCAUAAUGCGGUGAAUGUUGCCCCCCAUCCUUUGUCCCCACUUUUCUUAUUACGGUAGGAACCCACCACCACAUGCUGAGAUCACACGAAAACACAUCACGACCUAUUGCGCAUAACAGCAUUCUUGUAAUCUUGAUAUAAAUGAGGCUGUUACAGAGGUGACCUAUGAUGAUGUGGAUGAUGGUGAAAUGAAGGAACAGCAUGAGUGGGAGCGCAGGUGUGUCGGGUACGUGCGUGUAUCUGAGAGUGCAGGGCCCUGCUGCUGCUGCUGCUGCAUCAAUUCAGGGGAAUCUAGAUGAUAGAUUGUGCGAUCAGCUACGCAAAGCCGCCAUUUUGCUGGUUGAUAAGGAUCUCUUCGUGAUUAUCCUGGGUCGUGAUUCCGGCAAAAACACCCCAAAUUCAGAGGAUCAUGCCACUUCUCCCAUUUUUAUCUCUCUGAAAUCAAAAUCUCUUGCAGUCCAAAGCAGAUUUGUGAAUAUAAAGUUAAAAAGAUGAAGCUGUGACUGAAAUCCUGGCAGGGCUGAUCUGAUAUGAUGUUCACACUCCCUUAUGCUGUCAGGACUGGACUGCAGCCAGGCUGGGCAGAGAGCAAAAGUGAUGCGAGGGUAGAUGAGACUUUUUGGUUUCAGGGGGGGUUUACACAUCAGUCAGAAGAACUGCAAAUAAAAGGUAACCACCACUGAUGGUUGCAGAUACAGUGCACCUUCGUGUAUCUUCUAAAGGGAGGUAUGAAGAGAAGAAGAAAAAAACACACAUGCUAUCAGGAGUGUAUCUGAAAAUCACUAGAUCAUGAUGAUCACUCAGUGCCAAACAGGGUAAGAAAAUAUACUGAUAUAACAAAUCCAGCCAACAGUAUGACUUUGAUCAAAUUCACAGGCCUGCAUGUUUUAUCAUACACAGAUGUAGGCCUAGUCGUAAAGUAUAAGGGUUUAUAUCAAUGCACCACCACUCUUUCUUUUUAUGUAUUAUGAUUUAUAGCUCAGUCUACAAAUGCAGCAUCAUCCACAGACUAUUUUGGUUUUAAAUAUUGGCCUCUCAAUUUUAUGCUUGUUAUAGUUCCAGUAAAACACUUAGUUUUAUAGCUUUUAGAGGUAUAUAAUGGGACUAUAUAUAAUUCAUAAACAUCAGCAGGCGUGUGUAUGCUCACAAGGUUAAGCUUCAUAACUUAAAUACAUGUCUCCAUCAGGAUCGGACUAACACAAGGACUGUGAUGGUCAUUACAAAUUUCUUUUGUUCUUGACAAAGAAACAAGACAAAAACAAGCUAACUAAUGAUAACUUUAAUCCCUCAAACUGCAAUAUUUUUAAUAUAUUUCCUUUAGGACACCUUUUUUUUUUAUCCUUGUGUGUGACACAACACAAUUGUGGCACUUAGAGGUAUAAUGCAGAGUUAAAGGAUUGAGUCUCGGAACAGGUCAGUAAUGCCUGUCCAGGUCUCUUAGACUGUGUCUGCAGGAAGUGAUUAAUUUCAUCCACGUAAUCCUAAACACAGGCCUCCAAACAGUGAAAAAUAUCUGCCUGUAAUUACCACAUGUAGCGUCUACUGUCCAGUUAAUUGCAUUAAACUAUAUAUUUUGUGUAGGAUUAUUGCCAAGGUGUAUUUUUUUUCUCCGCCUGUAAUUGUGUGGUCUAAACGGUGCACCACAGGUUACUGCUCACAUGGUCACAGAGUCUAAUGACCGUAUGUAUGUUUGAAAUAAGCCUGUAAUAGACUGGUGGGCGUACGCCGGCAUGAGUCACAGUAGCGUUGUGGAGACCUUAUUACUACCAGAUGAGUUUCCAAGCUGCAUGCUGCUUAACCAACGGGGGCAGCACCUCCCCACCUCCUCCCCCUCACUCCCCAUCUCUGCUGAGCAAAACAUCCAACACAGGGAGGGGGAUGAAACAGGGAGAGAAGCCCCAGAGACUCACAGGGAGAAUGAGAAUAGAGGAGGAAAACGAAUAUGUGUGUAGCUGUGAAAGGACAGGAAACAAUUGAAGCUUCCUUUUAAGGUGCCCUACCAAUAUUUUAUCUGACCCUGCAAUGUGUAGCAACCCCAAGGUGGAGCCGAAAUAGCAGUUACCAGGGAAACAGAUCGGCUUAGCGCACUGAGCUGCCUGACUGGCAGAUCCUGGUUGGCUGACUGUGUUAGAUGAUGGUCCUGAGCUAAUGCGUCUGUCAGUAAGACGCCAUCUGUCAUGCAAUGCAACACAGGAAGUACCUCAAGCCGAGAGUGUAAAAAAAAGGGGGACAUAUCAAUACACCGUGUGUGCAGUGUAAGAAAUCAGGUGGUCAUGUAGGGUAACGUAACACACUAUUCCAAAUGCUGCCUGCUUUUCAAUAGCAAUGGAUUAGAGCACCCUUAUGUGAAAAGGGGUUGCUAGUAGAGACGUGCCGAAGACACAGUUGUCCUCAGCUCUUCAGUGCUUCAGGGUCUUAGAAAAAUCAAUAAAUCAAUAAAAACUCACUGUUUAGGUCCACUCAGAGUUUGAAGCAAUAAAACUCAAGCUGAAAUUAAAAAGCAAAUUAACUUCACUACUAGCUAAUGUUCAAGGAGGAACACUCAGAAACUUAAAAGUCUGAGGAUUGGGCGGAUACAAAUACAGCGCUAAAAGAGUCAAUAUUUAACAUCAUUCAUCAGGGAGCCUGAAAUAGACUCUAGAUAAAUGUAUACGUUGCUCAAUGUCACCCGCUGUCGUUAUUGACGAGCUGUUUGUUAAGAAGUAAAUCUGUAGAGUCAAAUUUAAUGACAUGUGGCAAAGAUGCUAACAGUUAACGCAAAACAUGCUAACAGAUGCAGCUAGUGUUAGCCUGUUUUUUUGUGCCUUAUAGUUUUGUAAGCUGUUUCAUAAGUUCAGUUUAACAGUUUGUUUCGGUCUUAAGUGUAGAGUUUACUUCACUGUCUCUUCACAAGCUCUGUAACCACUGUUUUGAACAAACUCAUGCUCAAGUGCACUCAAAAAUAUACUAACAUUUAGCACACAAAUGCUUGGAAGUGUUAAAAUAAGAAGCCGUCAUUUUACUGUAGAUGUAAACUUUAAACCCAUUCUUUUAACAAUAGAUUAAUUAGCUAGAAGUGGAGUAACUCCCUAGAUAAAGAAUGGGUCUAGCAAAAGUAGUUAUGAUGCAGCAGUUUCAUGUGUGGACUCAGGAGUAGAUAAAAAAAAGGAGAGAGAGAGAUGUUUCAUCUCAUCUUCAAAAAAAGUCUGAAUUUGGUCGUUUCCUUUUUGGCAUUUGACAUAAAAAAAUGAACACACUUAACAAUUUUAAUUUAAAAUAAAAAUAUUUGUUUAAUUCAUGUAAACAGAGAGUAAGCUGUGUGUCAAUUUGCUUGUUGUCUUAAUGUGACAAAUACAGUAACAUGCAAAAGCCUGUUCCUUUAGUUCUGUGAAUCAGCUUGAUAUUUCUCAUUUGAAGAGAUUUAAUGUGGAAUUGUUUUCGGACCACAACAAAUUAAGUUGCAGCCUGUUUCGCUUGAAAAAAAAAACACAGGAAAUGAGUGAGCUCAGCUAGCCUGACCAACAUCUAUGAUAGGGAUCUUUUUCAUCAGAACUUGUUAUCCUCACUUUUACAAAAACUGCAGUUUAAGCAAAGUACUAUGCUACUUCAGUGGCAACUGCAGGAAGCAAAGGAAAAGUAUCUAAAUAUAAAUUGAACUUAAGGUACACGUUUGGUCUUUUUUUAGAGUUUAUGAUCAGUGUUUUUGUUGCCUGGCUGUUGCAUUCCUUUAUAUGCUCUUUUUGUUUUAUCCUGGUCUUUGUAUAAACAAGUGAAUAAAGUUGGCUACAUUUGGUCAGUCUUACUAGAUGAUCCUUUUAUGUGAAAAUGGAUAAAUGGCUUAAGCCAACUUUUGAAAAGUCUAGUACUUCAACAUAAUACUUAUUUUAAAAGAUGGAUUUCACAUAUAACCACCUAACAGUAGUUAACAGAUCUAUAAUUAACUGGAAUAUAUGGUACAAUAACAUAACUUAACCAUGACCAACAUAACCAAUCACUCUAUGCUAUAAAUAGCACCAUGUACAAUGCUAUAUGCACAUGAGUUUUACUUUGAAAAGAGUAAUGUUGUGUUGCUAGUUCUGCCUUAGUAAAGUAUCUAAAUACUUCCUCCACUACUUAACACUUGUAGCAUGCUUCAUUUAAAGGUGUGCACCCAUGGCUUGUAUUUAACUGUAAGAGGAGUUUCUUCGGGGAACAGGCUCUGGCUAGACUCUUUUUUUUUUUUUUUAACUCUCAUGUCUGGAAGUAUUUACAGGGCUUUAAGUGUGAAGAGAAACUCUACCUUGUAAUGGGUUUGGCUUUUGUCUGAAGUUUUAAAAAAAUGCCUUGUCAGUAUGAGGCACAGCCGGGCCAAUACUUCAUCCAGUAGACCAUCUCACAGGGGAUGGAGGAGCUGGACUGUUUUAUCAGAUGAGAGAGGAAGUGUGUAAUCCCCGGUGAGCACGCACACAGAUGACCUGUCAAAGGGUAAGGCUACUAAAAACACUGCUAGGUAUGAACCUAUCAGGUUACAUAAGGCAUAUUGAAUAUGGAGUGUAAUACAGGAAGACAUGGUUUUAUAGUACAUGUUAUUGGGGAGAAGAAACAGAUGAGAGAAAAGUAUGAACUAAGUGCAUUCUUUGGAAAUUUUUACUGUGAGACGGCUCCAGAGAUAAGAAGGAGGGGGAGUUAUUGGAAAACAAGAAAGGAAGGAAUGAUGAUUGAGAAAACGGCAGGUGUAACAGAAGACACGAGGUGACGGAGUAGAAAAGGGGGGGUGGGCAGAUAAACGUAGAGGGGAUAAGGGAGAGACAGAAACGGAAGGAGGAUGAGAGAAAGGCCAAGGCAUCAGCCAGAGGUCAUUUAUUAUACAUCAAACAACCGCAUGCAGCCUCCUCCUCCUCUGCUUCCUCUUUUCUGCUCUCACUGAUCUCUGUCUACCUCUUCUUAUUGUUGUUUAGCUUCUGCUGCUGUUGGUGCCAAAGUCUCCUUUGGGUUUUUCGCUUUUUGCUCCACCCUUUCAUUGAAUUUCUUCUGGAUUUUGGUUUAAUCUUGGAUGGUUUUCUUUGACUGUAUUACGUAACCUCAUGUAAUGCUGUGUAUAGGUCAUCCAUGCAAUGCAAAGCCUAAGCCCCAACCUUUUGUUACAGCCUCUGGUCUUCUGGCUUCUGUUUGUUUUCUGCCUCUCAUUUUCCUCCACGAAAAAACUGAAAAUUUCUUUUCAAAUGUAUUCUUAAAUUUUGCAUUUAGAGACAUAGAGGAGUUUUCGCCAUCUUUGAUCUUUGAUUCCGAUGUUGGCAGUCAGACACUUCAGGCUCAAUAGGACUUUGGUGCUGUUCCAGUCGUGAAAUGCCAUUUUUUUUCAUGGAAAUUGCUAAAAUGAAAGGACAUCUAUUUUGUUAAUGCAGACUUCUGCAGAACAUCAACAUCUUACUUGAUCAUAUUGGAGCUUACAUAGGGAAGUCAUGAAUACACGAAGUGGUUUUCAAAAAUGACUUUGAUAAGUAAGGGCUUACAGUGAAUAACCAAAGAUCUUUGGUUUUUAUGUUGUUUGAUUUUAUUGUAUUAGGGCUUGUGUCCACUAAAUGUCCACCAUUUUAAUCCCCUAAGCAGUGAUCUUCUCUUGCUUUUAGAAUGCUCUGUAUGCUUCAUAUUUUCUGCUGCUCUGUUAAAAUCUAUAAUAAAGACAAAGAAAGUAUUGAUAGAAAUCCUUGCUAGAGCCUAAGCAUUAGCUUUAGCUCCAGGCCUGAAAUUUCUGCCUUAAAUGAGUGUGGUUAGUUUCUUCUUUUGUAUAACCCUUAGGCAUUUUUACUCAUUUUUUUUGAUAUUUUAAGUCCUGACCCAUCUUGAUUGUGAUUGAUCAGUGAAGAAGAAGUGACAUGUUCGAGUGCAGUUUUCCAAAAAGUGAAUUAUUUUCUACCAGAAGUUCUGAGUAAGCAGAAGACACUUUUUGUACUGUGGAUGCUGUGCUCUGAAAAACCUUAGUUAUUUUUGGUUUGAAUAGAAAAUUAGUGUUGCUAGCUUAAAUGAUGCCAUUAGUGGACACAGGCCUUUUGUUAUUCAAGGCCAUCAGUGAUUUUAUGCACCAAAUAAUAAGUUACUGAUGAAAUCUGUAAGCCUAAAAUCAUAAUGCAAAGAUAGGAAACACAAAGACAAAACUUUAUCUGGCAUCAGAAUGUUAUGAUAAUAUGACAGGGAGGGGUAAAAAUUAUAUUCAUUUAUAUUCGUUAUAUAUUUAUUUCGCUGGAGGAGGCGGGGUUUAUGACCUACUGCAACCAGUCACCAGGGGGUGCUGUUCUCAUCUAGCAAGGAGGCAGAUGACGUCCAUUCUAUUUACAGUCUAUGGUACUAAUCCUUGCUCAUUGUUACAAAUUUCAACAUGUUGUUGCAAAUACUCUCAUUGUAAUCAUGUUGACAUUGACUCAUUCUGCUGCCCCUGUGGAAACGAAGUCUCUGUACUCAAAUAAGAGCUUGAUUAUGUAAUACAAAAACAGAAGGACAAAUCUUAUAAAGUUGCAAAAGCUGGAAAAAAGAUUUGGGACCUUAUUUUCACCACAAAGCUUUUAUCUGUUCAUAUUAACUGGCAUUUGAGCAUGUCUCUUUGCUUUAUUGCUUACUCUCUUUUGUGUGUGUGUGUGUUAUCAGAACACGGAGCUGACAAGCCUCAGAGCUAACAAACUGCUUGAAUAUGAGCCUAUGUGCGUGUGUGUGUGUACUAGCUCGAGACAGGCAAACAGACAGAGUGAGUGUGUUUACUCUAUCUCUGACUUCAUUUGUCUCCCUGAGCACCUGCUCGUGUCACGGUUGUCACGACAACUGAGAGCUCUCUGAUGUGGCGCUUCACUUAAUGACGUUGCAGCAGCAUUCAUUACUUGUGGUUACCUGGGAUACAGUAUUGAUCAGCUGACAGGGAGAUUUUGUAAUUCCUGACAAAGCGUGGGAUGAUGGGGUCAGUUUUGUCAGCCUUUGACGCUUUUUUUCCACCUUGAGUUAAAGGAAAAAAUGCACCACAUCAGAUUUCACAAACAAUCAGAAGCCCUUCAGGAAUUGGGGAUAUUUGAGAUCCUUUACCGAUGAUAGAAGUUUUCCUGUGCGGAAUGAAUAAAAAGCUCUCAAAGGUUUGAUAAUUCAACUUCAGUUCAGUAGGUCCCCUGAUUGACUGUUUUUUAUGAAUGAUUACACAUUUAUUAACUUUUCUUUUAUUAAUCCAUUCUGAACUCUGCUUCUGCUUAAGAUUGGCUGCUUUCCCCUCAUUUAUAUAAUUGGUUGCCAGUUUUAUAAGGUUGUUUUUUGUGUGUAAUUUGCGAUAUUAACUGAAAAAGAUCAAGUUAAGACAAUAGAUCUGGACAAACAGAGGAGUUGCUUCUUGCAUAAUGACAGCUCCAACCACCAUUCACAGACACAUACACCACCCAGUAUUUUUGAUCACACUUGAGCCUAAGUAGACUUUGACUAUCAGAACAGGUCUGAAAUAAUGAAGCCUGAGUUGGACUUUGGACUUGGACCGAAGAUCCAGAUAUGUAAGACAGUCUAGAUGGAUGAUAGACUUUGCAGUAUACAGUAAGGAACCUUUUCCCGUCUCUUCCAAAGGUUCGUUGCCUUUGUAUAACAUGUAUAAUAGGUAUGUGUAUAUUGAGGCAAUAAUGCCUGCUUACUGUCCUUAAGAUUUUCAUGCUCAUUCUACUUAUAAGCACCACAGUGUUUUCAUUAAGAUAUGUCAGUGUGACACCAAACAGUGACAUCAAAGAGUAGAUCACAAAUCACCCCCAGGUGAUCCCAGCCCCGUGAGAGUGUAUAGUGAGCUCAAUUAUAAAGAGAUCUUUUUAUUGUCAAUAAAGUUCAUAAUAGUAAUUAUGCAUAAUAAUUAAGCUAAUAUUGUUUCAAAAUGACUGCCAAUACAAUCUGGUUUUCUGCUCCGUCUCUUCUUCUCUCCUCACAGACUGCUUUCAUAAAUAGGGCAACACUUGCUGAAAGAUUAGUCGACAGUACAACUUGUACAGGAACAUUUUAAAUACCAAAAUUAAACAGACUGGGCACUUAAAUGCAAAAUCUAGGAUGUGAGAUUGCUGUUAAUCUUCUAACACAUCUACUUUGGUGCAUUUACUGCAUACAUAAUGUAUCCACAGUUAAUGAUUUCAUCUUGUUUUUGGACUUUUUUCAACACAUUUGGAGAUUUUUUCCAUCCCUCCAACGACACUUAAAGCCAUUACUACACAAUAACAUGUGUCCCUAAGGAAAUAAAAGCAGAGAGGUGCAGUAGGUGAAAUGUUGACAAUAAGAGACAGUGACACAGAUGGCUCAGGACAAAGGAGAACAUUUGGUUUGUUCAACCAACAAAGUGAUGCAUGAUGCUCCCCUUUGAAUAAAAAGGAUCCUCUGUUAAACAAUGCGUGUAAAAUAAGUACACAGAGUUGUCAUUUAACAAAAAGUUUUCAAAGAAAUGAUAAAAAGUUGUUAACAUUAAUGACAGUGAAUUAUUAUGCUUUUGCAUGUUUCUCAAAACUCCCCAAAAGCAUCUUAAAUUCCUCCAUAAUGGCCUGUGCGGCAGACAGCAAAGGUCUCCAGAUACUGAGCAUCUGUGUUAUAGCUUGAAUCAUACUAACUCAUUUAGAUGGAUUGCAACUUCAAAGUCUGCUCGUGUGUGUAAGUGCAUGUGUUUGACAGCUCUGUCAGGCCUCUGAAGCCUGUAAAAACCGUUCACCGACAUAAGGACAGAAGGAGUUAAUUGUAGACUUGAAAUCAUUAGUAGCUACUCUGAGAGAGAGGCCAGAUUUGAGCGUUUAAAAAUAACCUGACUACCAGAUGUGCGCAGGACGGUGAAGUGUGUGUGAGAGGGAAAGAGAGAGAAUGUGUGUGUUUUACUCUCUCGUUGAGCUACUAGGAUUACUUCAUGGAUAGACCACACACUUUAAGAAGUCCACAGAUAUAUAAAAACACACAGACUCGCAUCUUUGAACCAUUAUUUCUUACACAGAGCAGCAGCUAAUUUAAACAAUAAAAGAAGAAGGUGCAAAAACGGGAGAAAAGUCCCUGAAAAUGGUUGAAUCAAUCAACAGAGGUAUCAUAAAAACUGCAGAAACAUGAACAAAAAGCCCCCCAAUAAAAGAGGAACCCCUGCUGCAGCUUGGCUCCAAACCCACACACAAACAGGCUCGCUCUCGCCUCGCCAUCUGCCAAGCUCGAGCUGCAUUUAACAGCUUACAAUCAAAGAAAAGACAUUUUUAUUUCUCAGUACUCAAAGGAAUACGUUCAGUGCUGUACAGCCACAGUAAGGCAGAAAUCUCUGCCUUACUGUCACAAAAACUGACACAAAAACUUGUCAUCUAGCUCCUCGGUCCUCCUUUGUUGUUUUUUCCUAAGGCUUACACUGCUUCUUGUCAGCAACGCCACAUGUCUUCUGAAGAAUGGCUAAUUAGAGUGUUAAACAGAUGGCUAGAGCCUUGACCAUAAAAGUACAGCUUCAAAGAUAUUAUUAAUAGAUUUCAGAGAGAAAACCUAAUUCUUUUACUUUUAUGACAAAGCAAGGGAACGAGAUGCAGUUUUUAUCUGCUCAUACUACUUAUGACUUCACAAAAGAUGGAUGACAUGUCUCCUCCUCCUGUCAUACAAAAGUGAGGCCAAAAUAUCCUCCUAAUAGGUGCUAAAAUCUAUUUGAGGCAUUGAUAUCCUGCUUUUUGUGCUAACGACUUGCAUAUUACAAUUUGACCAUAGCAUUCAGACAUUAACCUCUAAGAAGGACUGAAGGUUGAUGGUGCUAAUGUUAGCCAUACUUGGCAAAACAAUUUCAGUUUCAAAAAAAUAGGAAGUCAUUUGUUUGUUAACGUCCCUAGAUUUCAUUUUCCACUAAUCCUUUUUUUUGUCUCGGUGUAAAACUCCAAUCCUAAUCUAGUCUCAGACCUGUCACCCUAGCAGGCAGAUUCAGGCAGAACCAUCUGUGGCAGUGUCACUAAAUCACCCAUUAUUGUCAAAAUUGAGUCAGUGACUGCACUGUUCAAUUCUGUUCAACCUUUAGCUGUUGAGUAAAUGUGUUUGUCGCUGUUGGAGUGUGAAGAAGGAGUGUUAUUUUCCUAAGGUGUGUGUGUGUGUGUGUGUGUGUGUGUGUGUGUGUGUGUGUGUGUGUGUGUGUGUGUGUGUGUGCCAGGGGUAACCACCGUAGCUAAUGACAAUGAUUUAUCAGUGACUUUCCAAUGGUCCCUGACAAAAACAGCUUCUUAUCACAAACACUGUGACAUUUCCUCCUGAGAUGAGUUAUUUUUGGGGCUCAGCCUCUUCAUCUGAAGAUGACUGGUGAUUAAACACUAUAGAAUUACCGCUCUAUGCAUGCUAGCUGCAUAUCCUCCUUCGCUGUCAUAUUUGUCGACAUGGAUAAUUAACUUGAUCAAAUAAAUGUAACUGUUUUACCUACGUAAGUUGGCUUUGAAUCAACUGUCACGUUGAUCACUUUUUGUCAUGCACUGCCAGAUGAUUGAGCAAGAGUGUGACUCUAAAUAUAACACAGAGGUUAGGAAUCAUACAAUCUUUACUCCUUUUCCGUCUUAUGCAUGUUUUUAAUGAGCUUCUCCUUCUUUGUGCAGGUGAGCCUGAGUUUAAAUACAUCGCCAACAUGCACGGCAAUGAGGCGGUGGGCAGAGAGCUGCUCAUCUACCUGGCUGAGUACCUGUGCAACCAAUACCAGCAGGGCAACGAGACCAUCAUUGACCUCAUCCACAACACCCGCAUCCACCUCAUGCCAUCCAUGAACCCUGAUGGCUUUGAAAAGGCUGCCUCACAGGUGACGAAUGUGCAGCAUGACAAAAAUACACACCAGCCCGAUCAAAGGAUUUGCCACCUGAUAGAUUAAGCUUUUCAAGACAACAAACAUCCAAUUAGUCCUUACAACAUGCAAACAUUAAUCCUGUGUCCUUUGCGCAGCCUGGAGAGAUCAAGGAUUGGUUUGUGGGUCGCAGUAACGCCCAGGGAACGGAUCUGAACCGCAACUUUCCUGAUCUGGACCGCAUCAUUUACAUCAAUGAGCGACAGGGCGGCGCCAACAACCACUUGCUGCAAAACAUGAAGAAUGCUGUGGAUGACAACGCCAAGGUGUGCAAAUGGACUGGCUUUGUACUUCUAUUGUCAAUGAACCCAUGAAUAGGCCUACUAACAAUAUACCAGGCAGCGCUUACUUAAGACCAAACGUUGUAAUAAAUGCCAUGAAAAAAGGAAGUAAAACUCUGUCUGCUAAAGAUUACUCCAAGGCACUGGCUUAAAAUUAUCAACAACAGCAAGAUACUAAACACUUCAUUGAUUUAAAGAUGCUGUAGUCAGUAUUCCUAAUUAGAAAAUAAUAUGGGGAUUGGUGAGAACUAACAUCUGAAAUAUAUCCAAGCGAAAGACAACAAAUAAAGGAGUCCUAUUAAACAGGGGGAUAGACACAUGGUUUACAGUGAGUGAUAAUGUUUCUCCCUGAAUGAGCAACUGCUGUAAACUUGCUUAAAAAUAUCAUAUCAACAGAAAAGGUGAUUUUUCACUUCUGCCAUGUUCCAGCUGACCCCAUGUUGCAAAAAAAGUGUAUAAUGAUUAAGAUAAAGCAUAGAGCUUAUGAAUAUUUGUGUAGCACAACUCCCAUUCAGACAGAUUUAGUUUGGUCUGAUUUCGGUUUGGCUAAAUUAAACAGUUUGUCGAACAUGAAAUGGGUUCAAGCACAAUUGAAAUAUGUUGUAAACCAAUAAAGUGAGCACUGCUGAUGCAGAAUUUUCUGGAUCUGCUAUUGCAUCAGUUUUAUCAAUCAAACUAGAUGGUAGUUUGUAUUAACCUUGACUCCAUUAAAUGUUGAUACUAGCUUCAUAGCCUGCUCUGAUUGGUUGUAACACCCAAAAUAUUUCCUUCUGGGCUCAAUUUAAGUUGUAAAUGACGUAAUAUGCAACAGUUUAAAAUGUUUGAAUAGAUUUGGGCAACAACAGAGCUCUGCAGUGCGGAGAAAAAAUUAAAUAUCACUAAUCUCAAUAUUUUGAGCUCUGGUGUGAGUAGGUUGGGAGUUACAAACUACUGCAAUUUUUGACAUAUUUGUCGCUUCAGUCAGCGUCUUUAAGUUUUGAUUGUGAUUUUUGUGUCUGUAGCUGGCUCCAGAGACCAAAGCAGUGAUCCACUGGAUCAUGGACAUUCCUUUUGUCCUCUCAGCCAACCUACAUGGGGGGGAUGUGGUGGCCAACUACCCCUACGAUGAAACCCGCACUGGUACGUACACUCAUAUGUGAACACACAAUCUCAAACAGCAAAGGUCUCCAGACUCUGUUUUUCCAGUUUAGGUUGUUAAAUUGUACAUAAAAUGUUUCACUGCUCCAUGCAAGAGUGUUUGCACGUGUUUAACGAGGCCAUAUUUGUUCCAUAACUGAAAGAACAAACAUUUUAUUAGCUUCAUUUUUUUACUGAAUGUUGUAGCAAUAACUUGUAUAAGAUAUAAAAUGUUGCCUUCUACAGCUUCCUAAGUUAUUUACCAGUUAUAAAAAUGUGCUUUUGCAGAAACAUGUAUGCAAUUAAUAUUUUAUCACAGCAGCUGUCCAAACACUGUACACUUGUUUGUUCCCUUCAAUCUGACUCUUCCUCUUAAGGCUCCACCCAUGAGUACAGUGCCAGUCCAGAUGACGCAAUUUUCAAGUCUCUGGCGAAGGCCUACUCCAUUUACAACCCCGUCAUGUCCAACCCUCAUCGACCCCCCUGCCGGAAGAAUGAUGAUGACUCAAGCUUUAAGGAUGGCAUCACUAAUGGAGGGGCCUGGUACAGCGUGCCAGGGGGUAAGAGACAGCGAAGAGUGUGGUCAAGUUCAACCAACACUGAUGUGCUAAUUCUUAUUAGAUUAACAAAUCAGAUACAACUGUUUGCAUAAUGUGGGACAGUUUGUUGUCAAGGGUUUUUAAGAUCCUGACCAUGUCAUCAUCACAUCCUUGAGUCUGAAUCUGUUCAAGUACUUCUUAAGCAUGAUGCUGCAUCUUCAUCUUCUUACUUUUUAUGAUACAAUGUAUAGUGACCUCAGGAUCUGUAGCAGAAAAGGCCUCUCAAUAUUAAAGGGAUAUUCUGGCAUAAAAUUAAUUUAGGGUCAAACACACCCUAACACAGAGUUAGACACCCCGUCAAGAGAUAUAUGUUGCUGACUGCUUGCUUUUCUAGUUGCACUUAUGUCAUCAUUGUUAUCAUCCAGCACUGUUGUAUAUCUGUAUGUGUGUGUGGGCCCUUUUAGACUGGUUUUGCUGAUGAAUUUAGCUCUUUUAAAAAUGGUGUUGACACAACAGCUUCAUAUAAAACUUAGUAAAAUAUAAAUAUACAUUUUUUUUGUCCAAUUAAGACUCCUAACUAAAAAUCUCCAGAAUUAAAUGUACUGAACUUUAACUUCAUCCAAACGCUUUUCAUCUUUUUUUGUAAAAAUAAUGGCACCUCUCUUAUUUUCUCUCUGAUUCUGUCCCUUCACAGGAAUGCAGGAUUUCAACUACCUCAGCAGCAACUGUUUUGAGAUCACUCUGGAGCUCAGCUGUGACAAGUUCCCCAGUGAGGACACACUGAGGAGCUUCUGGGAGCAGAACCGCGACUCACUGGUCAACUACAUCGAGCAGGUGCGCAGUCAACAUCAUAAAUACAUCCUUGAGCUUUACUUGCUGUCAUUUAUGAGUGGGGUUCGGUUUUGUGUUAGAGUCUUAAAUAGUCCUGUGUUAAAGUAGGCCUGAUAAGGACACUCCACAUCAAUGAUACUGAUUUUAAUACCCCCCCCAAAAGAAAAUAGUCACAUAGAGUUUUAUUAAAUGCUAAUAUAUGGCCAUAAAACACUUGAGUAAAUAAAAAAACAAGUGGUUUGGGAAUGCAAAAGAUAAAUAUUGUUAUGAAAACAACUGACCUAUUUAACUGGUACAGCAUUUGCAUGGUCAUGGUACAGUUGAGUCUGCAAGCACUGCCCAUAAAUUAGCAACUAGACACAAACAUCUGCCUUACAGUGUCAGGUCAACGACCCUCCCGGAUCUUACUGUUUUUUUAUUUUUGUGGACUUUAAUAAACUGCAGUGGUUCCACAUAAUUCCUCCCAGAGGCUCUUCAUUUUAUUCGUGGUCACAAGAGGUCUGUUGACAAGAUAGUCAGAGCUGAUAUUUUUAAGUGAGGACAGUUGGUGUGUAUUUUUAUCUCCAGUGUUUUGGAUUUUGUAUUUAAAAGUUUAGGACGCAUGCAAUUCCCAUGCAAGCAGAGCACCAUGCCAACAUUCUCAGACAUACUUCCUCUCUUAGCUUAAUCUAAAUCUUAACUUCUCCUGCGUGUUGUAUUUGUUCUUGUAGGUCCACCGUGGCGUGAAGGGCUUUGUGCGUGACAUGCAAGGCAACCCUCUCUCCAAUGCCACCAUUGCGGUGGAGGGAAUCGACCAUGACAUCACCACAGGUAAACUCGCACAACUCAUUUUAACAGUGUUGAGUCCACACAAUAAAUUUUUAAAUGUGAGAUGUUAUGGUGCCAUCGUGUGGACAGAUUUGGUAUUGUUCAUCCUCCACAGCAGCUGACUCACUCUAUUGCAAUGACAGUAACAGAUAAUCAACCUCUGUGAAUGCAUUUAUGAUGAAAAUCUGUAUCUUGUAGCCAAAGAUGGAGACUAUUGGCGCCUUUUGGCCCCAGGAAACUACAAAAUUGCAGCCUCUGCUCCAGGUUACCUGACUGUCAUCAAGAAGGUGGCUGUUCCCCAUUCCCCUGCAACAAGGGUAAGAUUCAUAGAAAUGUGAACUAAUACUUGUAAUUCAAAUAGAAGUUUGCAGACACAGAUAAGGAAACAUUUAAGUGCUAUAUAUAGAUCAAGUCAUGAUCAUGUCAUGUUUAUCAAAUAAACCUGCCUUAUCGUGUCCACAAAGCACCUGAACACCGGGAAUGAGUCUUAUAAAAAUAAGUCUUUUCUAAUUUAUUUCUGUUACAGCUUGUGAGUGAAAUUCAGUUAAAAAAUUUACGAAGAGGCUGAUGCUGAUAUCUGUAAGCUCACUGGUGGCGUCUGAGGAUUAUUUUGGUUUUAUAAACUAAAUUUGUUUUGUUUUCCUUUUUCAAGAUUACUUCUCACCCUGAGUUGAUAUGCUUAAUUUUGACACCUGUCUCUUACACAAUACAUCCUGUUUGUAACAACUGAAUACAUAUGCACCAUAGCCUGAAAAAGCAAAUAAAAAGAUUGUAAUUUUUUAAAAAAAAUUUAGGAAUUUUUUGGAAAGAUUUUAAUCUUUACACUUCACUAUGACCGGAUCACUUUAUUCUAGCAUUUCUAGAAGACAGUACACUGUAUUUGACUGAUAUGCUGUUAAAACGGUAAAUUAUUCAAACAUGGAGCGCUGAAACGUCCCUUAAAAAAAUGUCAUAAAAAGAUUUUAUUGGCACACUAAAGAUCAAAAGUAAUGCCUAUUAAAAAGAUAUUACAUUUUAUGAUACUGGGAAGUCAACAUAACCUCUAAAAAGCCUAAACUAACAAUGGGUACAUUGAUUUUAUUAUCAAGUACCACAUAAAUAGCCAAAAUGUUCUGUAACUUAUUACUAGACUUGACUGUUGUCCAAACCCAUUAAAAGCACAUUAGUGAGUCACACAGUGUCCUCGUUGCACCGAGGACUUCAAAAGGUUUUAUUUUCCUUCCCCUGCUGCUGCCAGAAAUGCUCAGUCAAGAAAACAAUGUAUUAUUCCUAUUAUUAUGGAAAUAGAUCCCAGAAAUGCAGUGAUUUGUCCCGGUUUGAGUGAUUAAGCCUUUUUUUUAUAAAUGAAAUUAAUGAGAAACUUAAACUGCGUACUUUUGACUUGGUUAAUAUGUUAGGAAAAAGUUGGAUCUCAGGUGAAGCCUUCAUAUAUUAUAAAAAAAGAGUUUUACAAAGUUAAGGAGCAUUAAAAGAAAGACUAUAGAGAUGAAAAGGUAUAUUCUCGUCAAUUCAGAAGUCAGAGAAAAAGGUUAUGUUUGAACAACUGCGAACUAAAUUUGACACAGAAAAAAAGCCUCUGUAUCUUUCAUUUCUGAUCUCUAAUCUGUCUCUGUGCUGCUCUGUCUGUGCCCCAGAUGGACUUUGAGCUGGAGUCACUGAUAGAGAGGAAGGAGGAGGAGCGGGAGGAGCUGAUGGACUGGUGGAAGAUGAUGUCUGAGACACUGAACUUCUAAAUAAGCGUUUGUCCGGCUCAUGACAGGGUCCUUCUACUCAUCUGUGUAAUAUAUUCAACAUUGAGUCUGCCUGUCUGUUAUAAAAGAAAAAAAGAAGAAUAUAUCGUCUUUAUUUGUUUUGUUCUCUUUUACUCAUUAUUUAAAUUGAUCAUACUGUUUGUUAAUGUAAUGGUUUGCCUCAUGCUCCUGUAGAUCGUUCUACAUAUGCUGACAGACACAGGGGAAAUCUGCAAGUAGUUCUGUGGUAUUGUGUUCUUUAUUGUACACGUGAUUUGGUAACCAUGGCACCCACCUAUAUAACCGACGAGUGACUGAGUACUGUGUAUGUAAAAAAGCUUUUUACACCAUUUCCACGUGGCUUUGUUCCUUAAAAAUGUCUUUUUUCCUGUUUCAGUGUCUGUUUCUCCGAGCUUAGUGCAAAUGAAACCACAAAUGAUAUAGCGUACACAAAUAACACACUCUUAAAAUUCUCAAUAAAUGCACACACACUUGAUAGUUUUGACAUUAUCAGGGACAUUAAAGAUACUGUAAAAAUCACUGUAAACAAGCUAUAAAAACAAGCUCAUUUUCAUGUAUAUUGAUUUUUUUUUAAACUGACUGCAGCACAGCUUUGAGUUUAGCACAAGAUGAAUGGUUAUAAUAUAUAUAUACUGUAUUUAUGAAACAAGUAUAGCAAGAAAUGUGUGGUUUUUGUACCUACAAAAAUAAGAAAGACAACAAGACUAUGGCACCUAAUAUAUCUACCUAAAGCCAUCCCUUUGUAUGUGCACUACACAGGAAAUACCAAUCUUUAAGAGUGGACUGUGCGGAUGAAGUGUAUUUGGUUUUAAACAACACAAAAAUAAUUUAUUGAAUGUAUAGCUACAGAAACAAUUGCAAAUGUAAAGAAUAAACUGAUCAAUAAAACUCCCCUCUAUGUUGUAUAAGUGC